AUGGCUCGGACCCUCGGAAACAAACCGGGUUUUCACCACCUCCUGACCCGAUUCACAAUCUCACGACGGCCACUGCAAACCCUAGCCUACGAAGAGCUCCGGCACUCCGCUGACCCAGAACCCUACCGCGCCACCGCUUUUGUCCUCCAUGGCCUUCUGGGCUCCGCCAGAAACUGGAGAUCUUUCUCUCGCGCCCUCCUCUCUAAUCUUUCCAACCCAUCUGGUUGGAGAUUGGUGCUUGUGGAUUUGAGGAACCAUGGGAGGUCAGCUGAGAUCGAAGGUCUGAACCCACCUCAUGAUUUGGUCAAUGCGGCCCAAGAUUUGGCUCAUUUGGUUAAGUCUCAAGGUUGGCCAUGGCCGGAUGUUGUUCUUGGCCACUCCAUGGGUGGUAAGGUUGCUCUGCAAUUUGCAGAAAGCUGUGCUCGUGGUCACUAUGGUGGUUCCGCUAAGUUUCCCAAGCAGCUUUGGGUAUUGGAUUCCUUUCCUGGAGAAGUGAUCCGUGAAAACAGUGAUGGGGAAGUUGAGAAAGUUUUGCAGACAUUGCAGAGUCUACCUUCAUCAGUUCCAUCACGAAAGUGGCUUGUGGAUCAUAUGAUUGAACUUGGGUUCUCAAAGUCAUUGUCAGAAUGGAUAGGCACCAACCUCAAAAAACAGGGAGAUCAUGAGACAUGGGCGUUCAAUCUUGACGGUGUUGUCCAGAUGUUCAAGUCUUACCAGGAGAAGUCCUAUUGGCAUCUGUUAGAGCGACCCCCAAAAGAUAUGGAGAUAGAUGUUGUGCGUGCUGAGAACAGUGAUCGUUGGGACCCGGAUGUGAUUCAACGGCUUGAAAGCCUUGCCAAUCGGGAAGGAGAUGGAUCGGAGGGAAAGUUUUCAGUUCAUGUUCUCCCCAAGUCAGGCCAUUGGGUUCACGUGGACAAUCCAAAAGGUCUUCUUGAGAUUGUGGCACCUAGGAUUUCAUCCCUAUGA